AAUGACAAAAAUCUCAGUGACCUCGCAAAGGAAAGACACACGCGGUCGGAUGUGCGCACCAUUCGGGCCACUUUUGGCACAAAGAUCGUCGCGUGGCACGGUCCACGCACGAAAGGAAUUCCGUGAGCAAUUAGCUUCAGUAUAGCACAAUGACGAAAGCUCCGAAUAACUUUCAAGCGGAUGUGAAAGAAAAAGAAAAAAAAAACGGUUUCGGUCGGCAGUGGCCUUCAUAUGAUUUUCCUAGCAGAAACGUUAAAAAUUCUUGUGACUUGUUAAUGCAAUUCGCUUGUUAUCGCAAUAGCUAUAACGAACUAAAGUGCUUUCUUAUUUUCUAUCGAUGAUAGUAUAGAUUAUAAAUAGUUAUUUGGAGAACAAAUUGAAAAUAUUGAAAUUUUCUUCACUUAAAUUCCUUUUGUUUCGUACAAAACUUUGUAUGAGUGCGCUUUUCGGAAUUAAUAUUUUCAAGAAUAAUUACUGUUUGCUAUUUGUCAGCUUUCUUGAUUGGUUCUUCGGCAUUUGGGAAAAAAAAUUUAAUUUUCUACCUGCAAGCUCUCAACUAAUAAUAUCGAAUUAUUGCUAGACACGCAAGUGAAACACGUUUUAAAUAUUGCAUACGCAAAUUUGAAGGCGAAAUCAACAUUCUAGAAGCAAACACUUCUCUCAUGCACGCGUACAACUAAAACCCUCAAAAACAUAAAAGUAUCCUUGUUGAUGCAGCCAUUUGCAUUUAUCACAUUUAAAAAACCUUCACUCAAGCGCCGAAAUCUGUUUAUUUUCAGCUUACAAACUAGUCAUUAUUCUUGAAGAAAAGCUUUUAUUAGAUGUGAUAAUCUCAUCAAGAACAUUGUAAUAUUAUAGCGAGUAAAUAUAAAGUCUCACCGACACCAAAACUUUGAUACCAUUUCAAAAACUUGCAGUUCAAUCAUCUCGAUUUAUUACAAGCUAAUUAUCAUUUCAAACUUAGUAAUCAAUGUCGAAAAAGGAUUAUGAAAGGAUUAUUUUUUUUUUAAAUUCAAGAUCAUCCUGGUAAUGAAAAACAAAGUUCUUCAUUCUUACAUGCGCUAACGCAUGAAUUCAAGCGUAUACGAAAUUCUUAAUUUUGGCAUCAUCUAAGAAUACAGACUUCGGUGAUGGACACGAGACUCCUUUGAUUAAUAGGUUGUUGAGCUUUCUGUAAUUUUUGGGACGACUGUGUAAAGAAUGGGUUUUCAAUUUUCCCGUGAUUAUUUAAUUAAACUAUAAAUUGACCGUGUAUAUCUGAUUUAAAUGCAGUUAAAAACUUUUGACGCAGUUACAUUAAUCACAAUCAAAAAUUCAGUAAAGUUUGUAAAAAAUGCAAUAGCGUAAAUCAAUUACUUAUCACGUUCUAUUCAGUAAGAAACAUUCCACAUUUUGCAUACUCCGUUGUAAAUUAUUGUAUAAGAGGUAUAUUAAAUAUCAAAGAACAAUAGAGAUAAAUAAAGAUAUGAAAAAUUGUGUUGCAGCAUUGAAACUUAAUACAAACGAUAGGCAAAGUAGAAAAAGCUGAAAAGAGCUAAAUCAAUUAUCACGAUGUUAUUUGAAAUGAUAAUGACAAAUGAUUUGCUUUGUGACCGACGUAUUUCAACAUUUAAUUAAUUACUCUACCUCUAAACGAUUCACAUGGCAGAUGCUCUGACAGAAGCAAUAACAAUGCUUUCAUUUGUAUUUUUAACGGCAAACGCUGGCUCUCGCCGUGAGCUGUCUUGCACUACUCACGAUGCUGUCGGUUGCCAUGUGCUCAAGGAACUGAGGAAAAGCGUUAGCGGCAAUGCUUCCAAGGAUGUUGAGAACAGUCUGGCUUAAAGUUGCUCCUGGCUGUCAAAGUAAUGACACUUGCGCUCAACGUCGGUGAACGUUCGUCGAACUGUUGAAUCUUAGAAUUCAUAUAAAACGUGAUGGAAAUUGAUGCAGAUCAUUCAUGACAACAUGGAACCAGUGCACAGCAGAGUGUUGAGUUGUGAGUGUCUAUGACAUAAAUGAAGCCGUAGGACACGGUUACUAUUGCAUUUAAUGAUUUUGACACAUACGUGAGGAAACCACAAAUAGAUUCAAAUCAACUCGUUACAUCGUUUUUUUUCUCAAAUAAUAUCAAUGGGUUAUUUAGUUUAUCUUAAUUGACGUUUGGACAGUGAUGGUGAUAAAAGAUAAUAAAAAAUAAGAAAAAUUUCGAGCUCAUAAAAAUUAAAAAUUAUAAUUCCAUCACUUCUUUUGGAGGUAUUUCAAUUUCUCCAAAAAUGAAUAGUUGUAGAGUAUCACUUAUGUGGAAUCGAGUGUAUAUACUUGAAAAAAUUAUAUUACAAGAUCUAUCAGUUACGCUAUUUCUAUAAAGUUUUCCGACUUUUGUACAUAAUGAUUUUUAAAGAUAAGAUAAACGCUCAACCAACAAAUGUAGCCAGUCAUCACCUAGUAUGUCAUGUGUUUGCUCUUCAUUUUAAAACAGUUUAAUUUUUUAGAAAAUUUCUAGUAACUAUUUCUUAGUUCAAUUAUAAUAAUUUAGCUGGCUGUUAUUGAAAGGUUCAGAAAACUUAUGGUCCGAUACAAUACAAGUUGCAUACAGCAGAGUACGAAACUUGUAAUUGUACAAUAUUUACAAUAUAUAUUCAUUUAAUUGCAAAUAUUUUUUGCUUUCAAUGCAAGGCAUGCCACAAAAAUAAAAGAAAUAGAUAUGCAAAAGUCAGUCAUUUACUGGAAUACUAGAAAAAGAAUAAAAUUUCUCAUAAUAGCAAAUUUAAUAUAUUCCAAACUUUUCACGCACAUUUAUAUGCAAACAUUGAUGAGUAAGCCUUGAAACCACACGCAAUGUCAAGUCUUGUAACCGAUUGAAAACCUGCGUAUCAUCGUGCACAUGAACAUGAACGAAAAUUUAAUACAUUGUUUCACAUUCUUUCUUAUCGAAAAAUUAAAAAAAAAAAAAAAAUUUAAAAGCUACUCAAACGUUAAACAAACUUUGGCAAAGCAACAAACGUGUGUACAUUUUUUAUCCUCUUUCCCGCUCUCGCGUUUCUUUAGUAGAACACGUGAAGUAAUAUAAAGUUGUAAAGCAUGCUUGCCGCUUAGUCAGUAUUACUAAAGCCAUCAGACAGUGAAACACGCGUAAUCGUUCACAAACCAUUUAACCUACUGAUAUCGUUCCCUAUUCCCAUUUAUUUUGACAAUGAGAGUGAUUGAAAUUUUUACUGACGUGAAAAAAUGGUGCGCCAGAAUUCCUCAAAGAUAUGUAUUCGCCCUGAUGUGCUUCUUUGGACUGUUCAAUGCAUUCGCGAUGCGAAGUUGCCUAUCGAUUGCUAUCACAGAGAUGGUCGGUUCGUCUUCGGAAGCAGUUAUAGAUGACGACGCUUGUACAUACGAUGAUAUUCCAUUACCCAGUAAAAGCAGUACCGAUAACAGUGGUAGUGGUGUUAUCCACGCAAAUACAACGAGAGAAACUUACGAUUGGAGUGAAUACACUCAGGGUCUGAUUCUAUCAUCAUUCUACUGGGGUUAUAUUUUUACUCAUCUACCAGGUGGUUUCAUAGCUGAAAAAUAUGGUGGUAAACACACUUUAGGUUUUGGGAUUCUAAUCACUGCGAUUCUCACGAUCUUGACACCAGCAGCAGUCUAUGUUGGGGACUCGAUAGCAUUGAUUAUUCUUAGGAUACUUAUGGGUCUCGGUGAAGGCAUCACUUACCCUGCCAUCAACGUUCUUUUAGCUAAAUGGGCACCACCAGAAGAGAGAUCAAGAACCGCUUCGUUUGUUUACGCAUCCGCAAUGAUUGGAACGAUUUUCGCGACUAUGGUAUCUGGAUGGAUUCUACAGUAUUCUAGUAUUGGAUGGCCUUUGGUGUUUUAUGUGAUGGGUGUCAUCGGUGCUAUUUGGUUCUUGAUCUGGUUAAUUUUGUGCUAUAACAGCCCACAAGAUCAUCCAUUUAUAACUCAAGAGGAGGUAGACUAUCUAAAAGAACGGAUGAACGAACACACGCACGAGAAGCCGCCAGCAGUGCCGUGGCGUCACAUUCUGGCGUCGAAACCGCUGUGGGCAGUAAUUGUAGCGUUGAUCGGUUUUAACUGGUCGAUCCUCAGCAUAAUCACCGAUUUACCUAAAUACAUGAGUGGCGUCUUAAAAUUUUCCGUAGAGAACAAUGGUUACUUCACCUCUCUUGUCUACUUAUGUAUGUGGAUUGGUGGCAAUACAACGCCUUGGUUAGCAGACUAUCUUAUUUCAAAGAGGAAUGUAUCUACAACGAUAGUACGGAAAAUUGGCUCUAUUGUUGCUUUACCCAUCUCUGCGGCAUUUAUCGUCGGAGCUUCCUAUGCAGGGUGCGAUCGAACAUUAGUUAUCGCGAUGUUUGUCUUAUCGAUGACACUUAUGGGCAGUGCGUAUCCAAGCGUUAUGACUAAUCCACUAGAUUUGAGUCCUAAUUAUGCCGGUACCAUUAUGGCUUUGACUAAUGGACUGUCGGCGUUAACGGGAAUUGCCGGACCUUAUAUCAUUGGAGUUCUUACACCUAAUCAGACACUGGCUGAAUGGAGAUUGGUGUUUUGGAUUUUAUUCGCCGUCGCGACUUUUUGCAAUUUAGUCUUUUUAGCAUAUGGUAGUGGUGAAGUGGAAUACUGGAAUGAUCCAGGAUUCGUCCAAGCUGAGAUCGAUAAAAAAGAAAGGCGGAAAACUGGUCAGGCAAAGAUUUAGUAUAAUUACGAUUGGCGUCAAUGUUACGCGGCUUUUGUUACUUUUAUUAUUAUUUUUUAAUUUUUAUUCUAAAAUAACUUGUAAAUACUUCUAUUACUGUGGUUAAUUUAAUACAGAGCAUAAUUUCCUUACCGGAACAAUUAUAACAUGACAAUUGGUAUAUAUUGUCAUUACGUUUAUUCAGACUCAUGUAUAUAUGAAUAAUAUUGUAAUAAAAUUUAUCAAUAAUUAUCUACGUCAUCUGUGCACACAAUUUUAUUAAAUAUUCCUACGUUAGUUGAACAUAAGAAUAAAUGAAUUUCACAUUUUCGAGCACAAAUGUAAAAAAUUGAAUAUGGAGACACUAAAUAAAAAAUACAUAUA